AUGGCCGGGUCACAUAAUUUAGUCCUCUUGAUAUCUGUUGUUACUAUGUUACCAUCGAUAUAUUCAAUGCAAAUACAGCGCUUGCCGUAUAUGCAGUUAUCACAAAAUGCCGGAACACAAGAAUUAUCGCAUUCGUCUGUAGUUAAAUAUUCCGAUUCACCAAGCUCUCAAGAGGGUGGUGUAUUAUAUCUGGACAGAAUUGGACAGCGAGAAAGAAUAACAAUGGAUAGUACCCUCAUUCAACCAGAUUCAAAUGGUCCUAUAGUACCAGAAUCAUGUAAACACUCCUAUUGUGAAGAAGUGAUCAACUACCCUGAAGAAGCCGUUAGCAGUCUUAUCGCCACGCUGGGAGAAGGCGUCAGUCUGCAGGUCGAUAAAUUGGAUCAACCGGAUUUUACUCAGAGGGUUUCCAUUGAUGGAAAUAUUGAACUUUGCGAAGCUCAAGAAACGUUGGUGUACCCAAGAGCUGGCAUCGGUUAUGAUAACAAACAGCACUUUCUAGUGAACGGAAAAAGUGAGAGAAAUAAGGUACAAGGCUUUAGAGUGCAAAGUUGCCUGGCAACAGAAUGCCAGUGUAAUAGAGUUGUUGUUGGUUAUCAAGACGGGUACAGGGGACGCUGUAAACAGUUCUAUGUUUAUCGCACGGCCACAGCUUUCAUAAUGACAAACAGCACACACGCAGAACAAUACCAGGUACAAAUAAAGUUGCCCGGUUAUUGUGCAUGCAUAGCCGAACCUUGUAUCGAGGAUUGCGAUGAUAUGCAAUAG